UAAGUUUAUUAAUGGUGCACAUACUAUUAUAUACGGGUCACGGAUCAACAAAUCGUUACAUUGAAACAGCAUUGCAAGAAACAGACUGUGGUGAUGUGUAUAUAGAGUUGCUUUUGUCAGCGAGGAACUUUUUUAUUCAUAUUGUUUCGUGAGUGAAAUGCUGUGUAGCCUCCAGGCGUACAUCUCGGGACGUAGGUGUGUCGCAGUCGGCCUAUGUGUGUAUGGGUAGUGGGGGGGCAACCAUCGAACAUCAGCACACGUGCACUGUGUUUGCGUAACUCUGCCACUGCACUCGCGUGUGGACGUCAACACACACCACUACACUCCUUCAUUUACUACUCUACGAUAAAGUAGUCGCGCUGUGUCAUAGCCCACUGUGUCAGCGAUAUAUCAAGAAGUUUCAUACACUGAUUAUUUGUGACAGAGUCAUUCUUAUUGACAUUGGCUUCGUGUCAAUGAACUGUCUUUGAUCCUAGCCUAUAUAUAUAUGUAUGUGUGUGUGUGUAUACUACAGUGGCUAAGAGUCAGGGCAGAUGACGUCAGCUUGUUUACAUACGUCUUCAGCACGAGACUAACCCACAUUGUCUGCGUGUACUUGUGCCAUUCUCGUGAACUGUUUGGGUUCAACGCCUAACUGCUUACACGGUCAUACUAACUUAAAAGACCUGCUCCCGUUAAUCUUAUCCGAUAAAACUUACAAAAGAAAAAAAAAACAAAAAACAACUUAGCCUUCACUUUGUUUUAUACCUAGAUAUUGACGCAGUUUGAUUUAUUGAUUGGGCACAGUGUCAGUUCAUUACAUGUAUGGAUACAGCGGAUGUUCAAUAUCAUAUCAAAAGGUGUGAAUUUGAAAUGAUCUGAAACUUGAGUGCAAAAGUUUUUUGUGAAUAUUUAAAGUUUCAAUAUUUCACCUGGGAUUUAAAUUACGCUGAUUGUGCAACGUGUUCUGACAAUGUAACAAUUGUGCUCGUAGCCGCCUGAUGGAACUCUUCUGAGAAAGAUUGGGAGUAAACACCAAAAACAAAUGACUUCAGAUGUAGAGCUCCGUUCUCUGCUAUGUUUUUCUGAGUGAUAUUUUCAACUAUAUUGCUGAAAAGUUCAAUAAAUUCACAUCCAUACCAUCGAGUAGCCGGACCCUAGAUCCUGUCCUGUUGCCCUAGAUCCAUGACCCAGCCAAGACCAUGAAUCUCUCAGACAUCCUCAGAGAGGUGGGCAACGAGGGGCUGUUCCAGAUCCUCACCCUCGUGGCGCUGACCAUGCCCAAAAUGCCCAUUCAGUGGUCGAUGACCAUGAUGUCUUUCGCCUCCUACGUCCCUCCGUGGUGUUGCGUGCCGGACGACGUGGUGGUGGACGGAAAAUGCGUGACGUUUUCCCCGGACAACGCCUCCAGCAUCGACUAUUCCUCCUCUUACCAGCAAUGCGACCUAAAUGCUACAGUCUGCAGCCACAGGAUCUACCUGGAUCCCGACGGGGCGUCUACAGCAGUGACGGAGUGGGAUCUAGUCUGUGAUAAUAAUUGGAUCGUCUCGGGUCUGUCCUCGUUACAAAUGGGCGGAGUCAUGAUUGGAUCUUUGAUCAGUGGGUAUUUGUCAGAGCUCUUCGGACGGAAGAAGGUUCACUUCGCCUCCAUCUUGGUUCAUGCCUUGCUGAAUGUGGGCGCUGGCUUCUCCAACUCGUGGAUACUUUUCGCUGUCUUCAGAUUUCUGAUUGGAUGCUGCAUUGGAGGAUACCUUGUGGUGCACGUGCCGUACGCCUUGGAAUUUAUCUCCCCUAGAUGGCGCGUCAUACCGGCGUCACUUCCUUUUGCCGCCAUUGGAGCUUCUCUCCUCCCAUUGGCUGCUUGGUCUUUGCCAGACUGGCGAUGGAUGCACUUCGUCUGUGCCAUCUUCUGCGCGCCAUUUCUGCUAGCAUAUUUUUUCCUGCCAGAAAGUAUGAGGUGGCUGACUGUGAAAGGAAAAGUGGAUGAAGCUGCCAAGGUUGUUGAGACGAUUGCCAGGAUGAACGGAAAGACUAAUUAUGAACACGAGAAAUGUCUGCAGAAGAUCCAGAAAAUAGCUCAGAAAGAAAAGGAAUUGAAAGAAAAAGGAAAGAAAUAUACUUACUUAGACGUCUACAGGGGCUGGUCUAUGGCUAGACUAACAUUAACUCAGCAGUUUGUCUGGUUCACGACCUCUCUAGUAGGUUACGGCAUCAUCCUUGGCAUCACCAACCUGGCGGGCAACAUCUACGUCAACAUGCUGCUGGUCGAGGUGGUCGAGAUCCCGUUCAUACUGGUCACGUGCUAUUUCAAUAACUGUAUAGGGCGAAGAUUGACCGCGCUCAUCUAUUUCAGUUUUGCAACUGUGGCAGGAUUACUUGCCCUUAUUUUUCAUCUUGUUCCCCAUUUACCAAACAAGGAAACGGGUAUUACAAUAAUGUGUAUCUGCUGCAGGUCUUUCAUUGCUGGUGCAGCUGCUGUAUUUAUCGUAGUUUCUACCGAGGUUUAUCCUACUGUUAUAAGGACACUUGGAUACGGUGCGGCCAACACUGCAGCUAAAGUCGGAGGGGUUCUGGCACCUUUUCUUAUAAACAUUGAAACGAUUCCUACUGUAGCCUACAGUGUGAUCACUGUGACCUGUUUCUUCUGUAUUGUUGCGGUGUGGUCACUGCAAGAAACCAAAAACCUGAUAAUGGAGGACACCCUUCACAAGUCUGCUUCCAGACAAAGUUCUCUCAUAACCAGCAGCCAAACUACUAAUAAGUCUGACACUUCUGGUCGGAGAAUAUCACGGGCCAAAUCCAUCAUCGACCUUGACACUGACCUCAUUCAACACAAAAACUACUCUGAGUACGAGGAUGACAGUGAUGAAGAAAAGUCUGAAGAGAGUGUUGACAGGCAGCUUGCUCAAGAAAAAGUUGUGUCUGUCAACGAGAAGCUGCCAUUGCUCCGCGAAAGAUUUCCCAUGUACAAACCUAAUAGAGAAGAAGAGAACGUGAAUGCUGGAAUAGACAAUUUGGGCUUGGAAUCCUCAGCAAAUGAAAACAAAUCAGAGAGCAUCAUUGUUUCCAGUAAUGUAACAAACUCUGCCAGGUCUUAUGAUCAAGAUUCAGAAGGGUCAUCCUCCAGAACUGGACAUCAUUCAGUACUAGUUCAAACAUCUUUCAGUACAGAGCAAUCUGAGGCCAGCAAGGAAUCCAACGGCAUUGUCAGAACUCCUAAUACUUCAGAAGAUCACAAGAAAUUUGUUCGGGAAUAUUAAGUGAUACAAGGUCUUUCUAAGGAAGUUUUAUUUCUUGAAGGGUUAUAUGACUAAACAAUAUUAAUACUAUGUAACUGAAACAUUAGCUUAAUACAGUUAGCAUAUGUGGCUGGCUGUUGAAAUAACCCAAUUUUUUAAGCUAUUUAACUUAUAUUUUAAUUGUGCUUAAAACCAGCAAAUGUAAAACCGAAAUGGAUUUUUAAAACUUAUUUAGUAUUUUUUGUAUUUACUAUCUACAUUUACCAAAAUGAGUAAUCAAGGGGAGCUAAACAUUUUUUUUUUCAAAAUGUCAUCGAUGUAAAUAAAAUUUUAGGAUUAAGAUCUAGUCUAGAGAAACACAACUUUUUUUUUUUUGGUUCCAACAUUUUGGUAUUGAAAUUGAAAAUCUUUGAUCCCAUGACCAAAUGAAAAAUUAAGAUUAAUUUGAAAUACUUUUGAUACUGUUUCUAAUUUUCUGCCCUUGAAUAUUUUCUCAGUAUCUAGAGCAUAGAUCUAAUAAAUACUCUUGUAUCAUUAAACAUGUUUAGUCUUGUCUGAGACAAUGUCUUGGUGCAUUGUAAGUCCUAAUUUGGUAUUAUCUAAAUAAAAAUGUUUUAUAUGUUUAAACAUUAAAGUGAUUGAAACAUAAAUGUUAUUAAAAAACCUACCUCGCUAAGAAUUGUGGGAUUAUAGACCAGUAUCUACUGAAUUCAGUAGAGGAUUCCUUUUUUCCAUUAUUAAUUUUUUCAGUUUCAUACAAUUACAUGUACACAUCCAUACAUCUAUUAUAUUAUGUUAUUAUUUUUAUUAUCCUUAUUAUAUUUUAGAAAUUAACUAUUUUUCAUUCUCUGGCACUUCCAGGGCCAAGCUUUGUCAAAUGGAAACAAAAAAUCCUUGUAGUCCUCUUAAGAGUCCAAUAAGGAAUUUUAUUAUUAUUAUUUUUAUUAAUAUUAUGUUAGAGAUGAACGAGUAUUCAUUCUCUGGCGCUGCCAGGGUCGAGUUUUGCUAAAGGGAAACAAAUUCAUCAUAGUCCCUUUAUCAGUUUCCACUGAGGAAUUUUCUGGUAUUGUGGCAGGUCUACAGCAGUACCACACUCUGCCAGGCAAUGAGAAUGUUUCUAAGAAUGUUAAGCGCCUUGAAGGUGUCUGUGAGAUCAGUUGUAAUUAGUUAUAAUCAGUUGAUAUAACAAUGGGGUACAUUGUUAUUUUAGAUAACUUCCAGAAACGCUUAAUCUCCAAGCCUAGGUUCCCAUAUUUUUGUUGUUUUUCCAACUCUAUUUUUUCUUAAAUUAUGAGAUGAUUAUUAUUAUUAAUAUUAUUAUACACACCAUUACAUAAAAUACAUACAGAUAUGAAAAUACAUUUAUCAAACCUCUUUGUAUUUGAUAAGUGUCGGUGCCACAUCAUACAACUGUCGCUUGCUUUUUUUUUUUCGGUCACCUGCCUGUUUUAUUUUUUGAACCUGUUGAUUAUUUCCAAAUGUUACAUUUCCAAUGUAUUUAACAAACAUGAAGUAUUCCAAUCUGUUCAUAAGUAUGUAGAUUGUAUAUCUCAAUGAUCUUCUGUACAAAGUUAAACCAAUAAGGAGCUUAUUAUUACAUUCACCUCUUUGUAAGAGAUUGAAACAACAAAUAAUUGAGUAUGUCAUAAGUUUACAUGUAAAUAUUUGUAAGGAUGGAUCUGUUAAGAGAAAUAAAUAUAUGUGCAAUCUAAAUACAACAUACAACUUUGAUUAUUAGAAACAGAUAGACUUUUAUAGCUAUGUAUGAAAGUUUUGUUCUUAAUUAUUGUUUUUUUUAUUUAUGGUUCGAAACAGAACUGUUCCUGAUAAAUUUUCUGGUGCCCAUUUAAUCUCUAUUUCAAUAAAAAAGCCCAAUGCUUGCUUUUAAUUUCAAAGUUUAAAUGACGUUUCUUACCAAUUACUAUAACCCUUCACAAAAAACACUACUGUACAUAAGAAAACCUGGAAUUCUAAACUAAACUGCUGUUCAACUAUGGUAACUUAGAUGUUAAUCUUUCAAACUUCAACAUUCUGUAUGCAUUGAAUGCUUUUUUUUUUAUCUGUCUGUUCAUUUUUGUUGUAUAAACUUUACUUCUUUUCUCUUGUUUGAAAGUUUUAUUUCUAAAGAUAAAUUUGUUAAUCACAGACUGCUGAAUGUCUGCUUCUACCAUGAUAAGGAGUUAAGGUUGAGUAUUAUAUCUGUAAAUAAUUACCCCCCUCCAUCCAAAAAAUACAAUAAAAAUAUAGGUAUUGCUGGCAGCUGCAUAGUGUACUUUGAAAUUGAACUUAACUUUUCUCUGACUACUAUAAGUUGUUAUCGUUCUUUUUUGACAAUCUUGGAUCAUUAUUUUUUAGAUAAAAUUUUUUGGGCUUUGAAAAAAAUUUUAAUGUAUGGACAUUUUUAUUUUUACAAAGUUAAUUUCAUUGUUGCUGACAUAUUCAAUAAAUAUUUUCAGACAUUAAAACUUGCUGGUUUUCUAUUAAAUUUUGCAGCAAUACUUAAUCUGGUAUUUUUGUGUAAUGUCUGCAAAUUAGAUUUUUUUCUUACACUUGGCUUGAAGCUUACAAUGAUGUUAAGUAGAAAUUCAUUAUUGAAAGCCAUAUGACAUACUUUAAAUUGCUAUCUAGUAGAUUCUAAUAAUUUCACACUACACAGUCCUGUUUGUUUGUUUUAUCUUAAUCUAGCACAGCUUUCAAUAUCUAAAAAUUCAAAUUAAUUUCAAGGUAUACUUAUUCUAAUUUCUUAAGUGGCUUAAAAAAUAUUUAUUUUUAGAGUUUAAAGCAACUUGUUGAUCAUAAUUAAAAUAUUAUACUUAUUAUUUUUUUUUUGUUAGCAUAUAAUUUUACAUGUAUCUUUUUGAUCUGACUACACUAGCUUAGCUAAGUAUUUGACUAUUUGGUAGACUAUAAGUUUUUGAUCUGACUACACUAGCUUAGCUAAGUAUUUGACUAUUUGGUAGACUAUAAGUUUUUGACACAUGUACUAUUGUAAAUCUUGUUAUACUGGACAAUGAAGAUGUUACAAUGUUAUUGGGACCAGUAAUUUGUACUACAUUUUGAAUAUAAUUUAUAUAGACAUAUUUAAGUAAUGACAUGUUUCGGUACUGACAUUGAAAUGUACAUAAUUUUAAAUUAUCUAAUGUUGGCAGUAAUCUGUUACCACAUAGCAAGUACAAUGUCUAAUAAAUAAAAAUGGUUUGGAAAUAAAAAUGUCUGUUCAACACAA